AUGAUCGAGUUUGUAGCUGCAAUCUGCAAUCAGAACGUAGCUGAAGAAGGGAUGACAACUGUCCCCUCCUUCACUGGGCAUCAGAUUAGGGACAGCGAUUCUCAACCUUGCACCGUAGACAAUCUCAAGAUUACACAGUCAAAAACUGGGAAGUCUGUUCAAGGUCAACCAGAGUGGAAUGUAACAAUCACAAAUGACUGCAUAUGUGAUCAAGUAAAUAUUGAGAUUAAUUCACCUGGGUUUCAAAGUGUGGAGAACAUUGAUCCUUCAAUCUUGGGCAAAUCUGGUGACAACUAUCUUGUCAAUCAUGUUUUGAGCACUGACAAUGGUCUCUCUAUUGAUCUGGUGUUGCAGAGCCAAAGUGUAUUGAAAGCGACUGACAGUAGCAGUAUUCAUGGGACGCAGGUGGAGUUUGGUCCCACUACACCUUUGCCAGACAAAAAGUUGUUGGUGUUCAUCCUUGAUAGGCUUCAAAAGAAGGACACUCGGGGAGUGUUUUCAGAGCCUGUGGAUCCUGAAGAGCUGCCUGAUUAUCAUGAGAUCAUUGAAAACCCGAUGGAUUUUGGGACUGUGAGGGAGAAACUUGAUCAGGGAGCCUAUGGCAACUUGGAACAGUUUGAGAAAGAUGUGUUCUUGAUAUCUUCAAAUGCAAUGCAGUAUAAUGCACCAGACACGAUUUAUUUCCGACAGGCACGGUCUAUCCAAGAACUUGCGAAAAAAGACUUUGAAAAUUUGAGGCAAGACAACACCGGGGAUGGUGGUGAGGUCAAACCGAAAGUUGCCAGGAGAGGCAGGCCACCUGGCAGCAAGACCAUGAAAAAGUCAAUUGACAUGGCUCCAGUUGAACGUCUUGGUUCUCAAUAUUUCUCAGAAACCCCUGGUGGAGAGACUUCGAGCAUGUCUAAUAGUUACAAUUUGAGAAAAGCACCUGCUUCAUACAAGUUUAGGACUGCUGAGGCAUUAAACAGAGCCCCACAUGGAUCUCUUGGUGGUGAUACUUCUGCUAACUGGUUGUCUGAAUUGGAGAAUGAAUUUCCGGCUUCAGUGUUGAGGAGUGUGCUAAGGUAUGGAAAGAAACAGUUUCCAGUAGAUGAGAACAGGCGCGAAACCUAUAGGCAGUCUCUGGCUCCAGAACAUGAACCAUCUGUUCUCUCUGGUCUAGAAGGAGAGUGGAACCAACUUAUGGCGGUAAGUGUUGCUGUGGAGGAGCAUGGUUAUGCUAGAAGUCUUGCUCGAUUUGCUGCAAAUCUUGGACCUGUUGCUUGGAAGAUUGCUUCUAAGCGGAUAGGAAGUGUUUUGCCUUUAGGAGUUGAAUUUGGCCCUGGAUGGGUAGGAGAAAAUGACUCAUCAAGGUUGCAGCAAUUUUCUUUCCGUGAAGGAGAGGAUAAGGUUCAGUGCAACCCUGCAUCUGAUGAAGACAGACUUCAAUGCCAAAGUACAUCGGGCUUAAAUUCUGUUGCAGAUAGAUAUUCACUGCAAAACAGUGUUAACAUGGAAAACUGUAGAGAAUUUAAUUCCCAAAACGGGUUGGCGUCGCUUAACAGUGGUGUUAGUGGGAUACGACCUGUGCCUCCUUUCCAGAAUUCGAUGAUUCACUCUGGGAUUUCAAGUUCGAGCAACACUACAGUGCUUCCUCAUCAUCAAAUGGUCGGCAUGUUUUCAGAGAGAAAUAUGAACACACAGUCAAUGCCUAUAGGUGAUAUUGAUUCAAAUGAAGCCAAAUCAGAAAUUUCUAGUAGAUCAAGGAAUCCUUUAGCCCAGGCACAACCUCAAUUGGCGUAUGGUGGGGACACUUCUUGGCAGGGUCUAUCGAUGAACAAUAAACAGGUUUCUUAUUCGUUACCCCCAGACCUGAAUGUUGAAUUCGGUGCACCAGGCUCACCCAGUUCUCUUAUUCAAAUUGGCAUGCCACAACAACCAGAUUUAGCUUUGCAACUCUGAUUACAUGGUUUGUCCCUUUUUUUUUUUUGAUAAAUUGAAAUUAUAGCGAAGGUGGACUCUGAAUGCAGCAGAAUCAUUACAAAUUUACAGUAGCUGAGAAAAGUUUUGUACAGUUAGUAAUUUUUUUGUUUAAAUGUUGAAAUGUAUUGUUUCAACAAUAAUCCAUUGUGGGUGUAC